AUGGCGGAGCUCACUGCCAGGGAGCGCCGGCUCGUGCACAUGACGUCCAAUAUUUUUGACGCCAACGGCUCUGACAAGUCAGUGUACUCCGCCAGCAGACAGAAGGAGCUGCUGGACAACCUGCGGCAGAGCUAUGUGCAAGAACGGGUGCCAGAGGCCAUGAACUUGCCCAGGCCUCAGGAGAUGAAGUAUGCUCUGAUGACUGGCAACCAUGCUGUGCUGCCGGGCAGCAGUGCGGCGAAUGGGCCUGGGACGAAGCGCGAUGUGCAGUUCAUGCCCAAGGAGUUCUGGUCUACCUCUGUGGACUUGAAGUGGCACGAUGUGCGGAACGAGAGAUGUCGCCACAAAAACCACGCAGCAGAGCGUGCCAACUUGGAUGCCAAGGACAAGAAGACCAGAGAAAUGUCCUCAGAGCUGUUCCAAAAGGAGCGGUUGGUCAACCGUUCGAUGGACAAGUCAGAUCUCGUGGCUGAUGGGACGGACUACUUGGCCAUCGAUUCGUCGCUGCAUGAGCAGCAUGACAAUGGAGGUGCAACGGGGAGCCUCGGCUCAACCAGGACUAGGCUUCAAGCCAACCUGGCGGCUUCAGGCUACAACACCAUGCCGCAGCCCGUUGCUCCCGAGGCAACUGGAGGCUAUGCGCAACCUGCUCACAGGAAAAGCGGCAAGGAAAUGCGCAAUUACUCCGACCUCUUCGGCUCUGAAAUGGGCCGGUGUCAUGCACCGACACAACAGCGACAGGACAUCAUUGGCACGUCAACAUGCACUUUCUUGGAUCAUCGCGGCGAGAUUGAGUCUGCACGCAGAGAAGAAGGAAGGCUGGCAGGUGCAGCAACCCCUGCAAACAGGAAGGAGGCCGAGAUGUCAUCGACGCUGCAUGGGCACCGGACUCCCAGAGCUCAAAAGGCUUCUGAGCUCGAAGAGGUGCACGUUUCCGAGCGUGGCUUUUGGGACAGCAAGGAUGGCAUGCUGAUCAAUGCGGAGGUGUCACGUCGCCGGCGUGAGAAAGAGUUCAACAAGGACUUUGAAGGUGAUGUCUUCCACCUGUCGCGCAAGCAGGACAACUUGGACUCCAAUCAGGUAAGGGGGAACAUUGGCCAAGCACCUGUCGAGGCACCUGUUUCCCCCAAAAGUGGGGCUGGCCUGCUGUCGCCAUACUCGCCCACCAGACAAGGGGGUCCGAGUGCCUCCCAAAGAGAGAAGAUGCUGCAAUAUGCCAAAGACACGAAGCUUGCCUCUCUGCAGUCAAGCAUUUUCACCUGA